AUGUUUAUAAAUAGUUUCGAAACAAAAAUAAAAAAAAAAUUUUCAUUAUUGUAUGAAAAGCUUGAUGAUGAAGAUGAAAAUGAACCAUCAUCUUCACCAUCAAAUUCAACAAAUAAUUUUUAUAAAGCAUGUCCAGAAGAUAAUUCAUCAAAAUGGUCAAAAAUUAGUUUUAAUUGGGUAACGAAAUUAAUAAUGAAAGGUUAUUUCAAAGAAUCAUUAGAAAUGAACGAUAUUUAUGAUUUACCAGAGUUAAAUAAAGUCCAAACCACAUCAAAACUAUUGGAUGAUAUCAAUUUUUCAAAUGGUUCAAAAUAUGCAUUAAUAAAACAUAUUUAUAAAAAUUUUUUACCAAAAAAUAAAUAUGCAUUAAUUUCAAAUAUAUUUAUUACAAUUUUUAUAUUUUUAUCACCAAUUUGUUUAAAAUUUUUAAUAAAUUAUAUAUCAACAGAUAAUGAUAAUGAAAAAUCCAUUUUAAAAGGAAUUUUAUUAUGUUGUUUAUUAUGUAUCAGUAUAUUAGGACAAUCAAUUUCACAAGAAUUAUUUUAUUGGUUUGGUAUGAAAAAUAGUUUUGAUGUUAGAGGCGCAUUAACAGCAAAGAUAUUUGAAAAAACAUUAAAACUAUCAAAUGUAUCAAAAAAGAAAUAUAGAUCUGGAAAAAUUAUGAAUAUUAUGUCAAUUGAUGUUGAAAAUAUAUCAGAAUUCUUUUGGACUUAUUAUUUAGAUAUUGUAUCACAUACACUUCAAAUUCUUAUAUUAUUGGGAUUAUUAUGUUAUGUAGUUGGUCCAAGUGGUUUAGUUGGAUUUGGUGUAAUGGUAAUUGCAUUACCAAUCAACACCAUGUUGUGUACAAAAUCUAGUAAUUAUUUAGAGAAAUCAUUGGAAUAUUCAGAUUCAAGAACUAAUUUAACCAGUGAAUUAAUAACCAAUAUUAGACCAUUUAAAAUGUAUGCAUGGGAGAAUUUAUUUAUAAAUAAAAUUGAAGAACAAAGAAAACAAGAAUUAAAAUUUUUAUUUCUUAGAGUUUUAUUUUGGAUUUUCGAUCAUAUGAUGAUUGAAACCAAUGCAACCUUAGUAUUAGUAUCAACAUUUGCAACUUAUUCAUUAACCGGUAAUACAAUGAGUUUAGAUGUAACUUUCACAGCAAUGACCAUUUUUGCAAAUUUAAAAUUACCCUUAAUUUAUUUACCUGAAGAUAUUUAUAAAGCUAUUGGUUUAAUGCCAUCAGUCAAAAGAAUUCAAAAUUUUUUAAAAUCUUCUGAAUCUUUAAAAUCAAAAGAAAAUAAUCAAAAUAUUAACUUCAAUAAUAAUAAUAAUAAUAAUAAUAAUAAUAAAAAUAAUAACAAUAAUGAUGAUAAUGAUAUUAUAAUUGAAAAUUGUACAUUUCAAUGGAAUGAACCUGAAAAUAAUAAUUUAUUUGAAUUUAAUCAAAGCGAAGAUGAGGAAGAAAAUGAAGAAGAAGAGGAAGAGGAAAAUGAAGAAAAUAUUAAAAUAAAUGAAAAUUUUGAUUAUAAAUUAAAUGAUAUUAAUUUAAUAGUACCAAAAGGUAAAUUAACUAUGAUUUGUGGUGUUGUUGGUAGCGGUAAAACAAGUUUAGUUUGUGGUUUAAUUGGUGAAAUUUAUAAAUUAAAUGGUAGUGUUAGUGGUGUACCAAAUAAUAUUUCAUUUACAAGUCAACAACCAUUUUUAUUAAGUGCAUCAUUAAGAGAGAAUAUUCUAUUUGGAAAUGAAUUUGAUAUAGAAAGAUAUAAAAAAGUUAUUGAAUCAACAGCAUUAACAAAAGAUAUAGUAAAUUUAGCAGGAUUAGAUUUAACAGAGAUUGGAGAACGUGGUAUUAACCUUUCAGGAGGUCAAAAACAGCGUAUAUCAUUAGCACGUGCACUUUAUGCAAAUUCAGAUUGUUUUAUUUUUGAUGAACCUUUAUCAGCUGUAGAUCCUGAAGUCGCAUCACAUUUAUUCGAUCAUUGUAUUCAAGGUAUUGAUUUUAAAUCAAUUUUAAAAACAAAAGAAAUUAAAAAAAAUGUUGAAAAUGAAACUGAUAGUGAAGAGUUAAUAAAAAAUGAAAUUGAAAUCGAAAAUGAAAUUAUUGAUGUUAAUAAUGUUAUUAGUGAUAAGAAUGAUCCAAAUUUAAUCGAGAAAGCAAAAUUAUUAGUUAAAGAAGAUAAAAAUGAGGGAGAGGUAGAAUUUAAUGUUUAUAAAAAAUACUUUAGUUAUGGAACAUCAGGUGUAACACUUUUCAUCACUAUUUCAUUAUUUUUCAUUGGUCAAGCCGUUUAUAAAGUUUCAGAUUUUUGGUUAGCAAUUUGGACAGAAAGAUCAAUUGAAGGCAAAAGUGAUUCAUUUUACAUUGGUUACUAUUUAUUAAUUAUUGGUAUUUUUGUUUCGUUAUUAAUGAUACGUACAUAUUCAUUAAGUCGUAUAACAUUUGGAAUUGGUAAAAAUUUACAUUCAGCACUAUUAAAAUCAGUAACAUAUGCAUCAUGUAGAUUCUUUGAUACAAAUCCAUCAGGUAGAAUUUUAAAUAGAUUCAGUAAAGAUACUAGUGAUAUUGAUAUUCAUAUGUUGGAUCUAUUAUCAGAGGUUUCAAUAUGUUUCUCUGAAUUAACAAUUGGUUUAAUUUCAAUAGUUUUCAUUAUUCCAAUUAUUAUUAUACCUUUAACUUUGUUAUUUAUAAUUUAUUAUAUUUAUCAAAGAUUAUAUAGACCAUCAGCAAGAGAAUUAAAUAGAUGGGAAUCUAUUACAUUAUCGCCAGUAUUUUCAUUACUUCAAGAGUGCUAUAAUGGUUUACUUACAAUUAGAACUUAUAAACAAGAAUCUAGAUUUAUUAAAGAAAUGUUUGAUAAUAUCAAUAUUAAUUUAGGUUGUAUCUUUUAUAGUUUCGCAGUUCAUAGAUGGAUAUCUAUGAGAUUAGAAGUUAUGGGUUGUAUAAUGGUAUUCUUUACUUCAUUAGCUGCUGCAUUAUUCACAUCAAACAAUGGACUCGCUGCGUUAUCAGUCACAACUGCUUUGAGUUUAAAUGGUUAUCUAAGUUGGGGAGUUCGUAGAAUCGUUGAAUUAGAAGUUAAAAUGAACUCAUUCCAAAGAAUUCAAAGUUAUAUUGAAAUUCCAAAAGAAGGAAAUAAACUCAUAUCCACUGGUACUAAUCAAGUUGAUAGUGAUGGUCUUAAAACUAUUUCAAAUGGUGAUUUAGUUAAUUGGCCAAAUAAAGGUAUUAUAGAGUUUAAAAAUGUGGAAAUUAAAUAUCGACCAAAUUCAGAACCAAAUUUAAAAGAUUUAUCAUUUAAAGUUCAAUCCAGCGAAAAGAUUGGAAUAGUUGGUAGAACUGGCGCCGGUAAAACAACUAUCGCUUCAUCAUUAUUUAGAAUGGUAGAAUGUUCAAAAGGUUUAAUAUUAAUUGAUGGUAUUGAUAUAUCAAAGGUUCAAUUACAAAAACUAAGAUCAUCAAUAGGUAUUGUACCUCAAGAUCCAUUCAUUUUCACAGGUACAAUUCGUUCAAACAUUGACCCAUUCAAUGAAUUCACUGAUUUUGAAAUUUGGGAAUCAAUUGAAAAAGUUAAAUUAAAGGAUGCAAUCAAUUCAAUGCCAUUAAAAUUAGAGACAGCACUACAAGAGAAUGGUGAUAAUGGUUUCUCAUAUGGUCAAAAACAAUUAUUAUGUCUUUGUAGAACGAUUUUAAAAAAUUUUAAAAUCAUUUUAAUGGACGAAGCCACAAGUUCAAUUGAUUACCAUACAGCUCAAUUAAUCAAACAAACAAUUCAAGAAAACUUUAAAGAUUGUACAACCUUAACAAUUGCUCAUAGACUUGAAACAAUUAUUGAUUGUAAUAAAAUAGCAGUAAUAGAUAGUGGUCAAUUAAUAGAAUUCGAUACUCCUUCAAACUUAAUGAAUAUUCCAAAUUCCAAAUUUAAUAAAUUAAUUAAAUCUCAAACUGAUUAUAGUAACAAUAAAAUAAAAUAA